AUGCUUUCCCGUUUUGUUGUACGCUCUACUGUCACACGACAUUUAGCUAGAAAAUUUCAGUCAAGUAGCCAUGUAGCCAAUGCUGAAGCCCCUGCAAUUAACCAACAACUUAGGGCAUUAGAAGAAAAAGCCAAGGGGCCAUGGAAAGAAUUAAGUGCGCAGGAAAAGAUUGCAAUUUACCGUCAGUCAUUCAAGACAACUGUUGCUGAACAUAGAAAACCUGGUCCAUCGAAAUGGCAACCCGUAUUUCUUGGAACUUCGGUGUUAAUACUAGUCGCUACCGGUAUUUUCAUGUUUAUGAAAGCAAAAAUCAGUCCACCAACUCCACGUACAAUCAAUAAGGAAUGGAAGGAAGCUCAAAGACAAAGAUUACUUAGUCAACAAGCUAAUCCUAUUGAAGGCAUGUCUACACGUUAUUGUAUUUUGUGGUUAAAACCUACCUUUAGCGAUGUGUUCAGUGAACUAGAAGGCUUGGCAUGUAACAAUUUAUGCUUUCAGAUUUUUAAGUAUUAUGAUCAUAAUGGAUAUUACGGAAAUUGCUUUCAUUUUACUUCCUGCUAUGUUGUAGUAACUUGA